AUGUCGGCUCCGGCCGUUUAUAAACUUCAUCAUGUCGAAUUCUUUGAUUUUACUCCGAAACCAAUCAAUUGUAUGGCUUUUGAUUGUAAGACAAAAAGAUUGGCCGUUUCCAGGUUUGAUGCGAAAUCUUCAUACAUUGAAAUAUGGAAUUCUAAUGAAAACUGGCUUCUAGAGCGGAUUCUGCCUUCGACAUCACUGAUCGAGUGCAUGGUCUGGUACAAGAACAGACUGCUCAUUGGGGGGUUGAAUGGGUCGCUGGUGCACGUCGACCUCAAGACUUCAUCAAUGAAGGAGCCACAAUCAUCCAACCAUGGAGCGAUAUGGUGCAUGGCCGUCAAUCCCAACGAGAAACUUAUUGCAGCAGGAACAGAGGGUGGAUGUGUCGUGUUGUUUGAGGCCAUCGAAGAUGAUGUCGUCUACAAAAAGGCUAUCGUCAGACAAGAAGGUCGCAUCCUUUCGAUAUGCUGGCACCUGGAGUUGAACGUCCUGCUGACAGGAAGUAGUGAUGUGCGUGUCUACAAUGCGGAGACGGGCUCGUUGCUACAGCGCAUCUCCGUGGCCAGUUCGAGUAAUAUUCUCGUCUGGGCACUCGCUGUUACCAAGGAAUUUACGAUAAUAAGUGGUGACUCGUCUGGUCAGACUGCAUUCUGGUAUGGCGUGCCUGGUAAACUCUCGCAUAGUGUUGGUGGAAUAACUAUGUUUAAACUCAGCUCUCCAAAGCCAUCAUCAUCUACAACUACAUCGUCAACAUCAUCAUCAACAACAACGACAUCAUCAUCAACAUCAUCAUCAACGACAUCAUCAUCAUCACCAUCGUGGGUAAUGGCGGGAAAGGUCUACCAUAGUAAUGAUGUCAGGUCACUUCAAUUUGUCCGCAACUAUACACUCGUUUCAGCUGGGCUUGAUUGUCAGCUGAUUGUCAGAGAUAACUUGGAGAAGAAGAUUACCAAGAUACCCUGCACUCAACAGCGCAAAUUAGUGCACAGUUGUCGAAGUUCAAACAGCCUGCUGUUUCAGUACGACAUGAAAGUUGAUCUGUGGAGACUUGGCUCCGUUGAUCCGCAAGACCUUCGAGUCCUUCUGGACUCAGACAAGCCACUAUUCACCUCGACACCGUCAACCCACCUCGCAAUCGGCGGGUCCUCUGUCGUUGCAUUCCUGUCAAAGUUUAAUGUCGUAACCUUCCUUGACCUUUGCAAGGUCAAAGAGGAGUUCUCAAGUGUACAGGACUUCAAGUUCAACAGCAGCAACAGACAUCUUGCAGUUGCUUGUGUUAAGUUUGGAGUGUAUGUCAUUGAUAUACUACAUCAGCUCCCCUGGAAUGAAAGAUCGUGCAUAAACCUCGACUACCACCCAGCCAACCCUCACCUCAUCCUUCUGACGUACAGCGACGGCCGUAUUUCGGAGUUUGACGUUAGCCUUGGCUCGCUCACGCCAAUCAGCAAGUCCUGGAACAAAAAACACCAUCAAAACUUCGUCGACCACCUCAACAAAAAACUCAAAUCUUCUAGCAUUUCGAGAUUUUUUUACGACAUCACAAGUUAUGAUGGUGAUGGUGGUAGUAGUGGGAGUAGAAUCGUGGGGCAGCACACUUCAGGGUUCAGUGUGAUUCAGUGGGGGAAGCUGGUAGAUGGGAAGAAGGCUGUUAGUUGGGAUCUCUUCAAGUUCUAUAAUACACAUAACCUUCACCUCGUCGACGUCAUGAACGACAAUUCAUUGGUCCUCGUGGAAAAGACGGACAUUGAUCUAAUCAUGCAGUACGCACCUCCCUUAAAGAGACCUAAGCUAUUUGGAGUUUAA